UUUGUCCCAGCUGUCGCUAGAGUUCAAGUGAUUGACUGAAAAUUUAGGUUAUUAUCAUCAGUUUAUUAUUUUUAUGGUCAGAAAUUUUAGAAAAUUAAUGAAACUAACAACAAAACUAUUAAUUAAUAUGAUACACUGUGUAAAAUAAUAAAAAAUUAGUAUCAAAUCAAUCUGAUAGGAUAUUGGGAAAAUCAAAUCAUCAAUUAUUUUCUUUUGUGCAUAUUAUGGCUGAUAAUCCACCUGGUAAUACGAACGAAGCUAUUAUAUCCCAAAUAAAAACAUUAUUAUGGGGUAAUAAUGUUAAAGAAGAUGUAUUUAAUCGUUGGGCACAAGGAUUUCUAUUUUCUCCAGAUGAACCUACAGCUUUAGUUCAACUAGAAGGUGGACCUUGUGCUGUAAUUGCACCCGUACAGGCAUUUAUUAUAAAGGAUCUAUUGAAGGAAGGUCCUCCAGAUACGUGGAGUAGUAUUUCUAGUGAUAAACAAGAUGAUUUACUCAUUAAAGCUGCUGUAGAAAUAAUUUCUCAAGCAUCCAAUCAACAUUCUCCACAAUAUUCAGUUGUUUAUUUUGCUGAAACUGGAGAUGAUAUACCAAAUGGUGAGGGUACAGAUGAAGAAUCUAGUGGAACACUUGAAUCUCAAGAGAUUUCAAAUGAUAACGAAAUUAAACGUGAAGAAUCAGUUACAUUAAAAUUAAUUAGAUCAGAUUAUUAUCAUUCAAGAUUGAGGAUAUUUACAACUAUGAGUUUAGAUGACGUUAAGCGAUAUUUAACUAUGAGAAUUGAUACUUUAAAAGGACCCUAUGGAGUCUUAUUACUGUUAUACACAGUUGUUAGUACCAAAGGAAUACCAGGAAUGCGAUCAGAAAUGUCUGACCCUAGUGAACCAGCUAUUGAUUCUACUUACGGAUAUGGUAGUCAAAGUCUAAUUAAUUUAAUGCUUACUGGACGAGCUGUUGGCCAUGUAUGGGAUCACGAUCAGGAUGUUGGUGGAUUAAAAUUACGAGGAAUCGACAAACAGAAUACUGUAGGUUUUUUAGCUUUUCUUGAACACUUACGUUUUUGCGAAGUCGGAACAUUCCUCAAAUCACCGUCACAUCCUGUAUGGGUUCUUGGAUCUGAAACACACUUGACAGUUCUUUUUUCAACGGAUGAACGUCUUGUUAGUCCUGAAACUCCCGCUGAACAAGCAAAAAGAGUAUUUAAAAAAUUUGAUCCGGAAGGAAAUAAUUUUAUACCUACAAAUUUGCUUCAAGACGUUCUUGCUGAAUUAGGAUUAGUUGCUGAUACUGAAUAUGUGGAUAUAAUAAGGAAGAAGUUGGACAGUGAGUCAUUAGGAAUAAUAUUAUUGGCAUCAUUCAUGGAUGAAUUUUUUCCAGAAGAGCCACGUACGUGUCCUGAUGUAUUUCCAUUAUAUCAUUACAAUGGUUUACCUCGUAGUAAUCCUGAAAAUCGUAUUAAAUAUCACCCUGGUCAAGCAGUGUUAUUAGAGUGUACGGUUAAAUGUAUUUUGGACAGUAAUCCGAUGCUCACGGUAUUACAAACCAAGUGGCCAAGCAUUGAAGUGCAGUGGGAUAAUAAUAUAACACCGAGUUUGAAUUAAAACAAAAUUAACAGUAAAUAUUAAUUGAUAAAAGAAAGUUAGAUUAAUAAUAACAAUCGGAAUAAUAUGAGUAACAAUACAUAAUUAACAACAGAGAUAAGAAAAAAUGUAGCAAUUAUUUCUAUGAUGUGAUGUUGAAGAAAAAUCGUCGGAAGUGAGUUUUAAAUACGAGAAUAAAUUAAAUUUUUUGACAACUCAUUAAAGUCAUAAAGGAAGAAAUAUAGAUUAUAAUUAAAAAACGAUUUUAAGAUUAAUUAUUAAAGGAAAUGAAUACAAAUAAUAAAACAAAAAUUCAUUUUUAUUUUUCCGUUAACGUGAUAACAAAAGAAAAUAUCUAGUAACAUGUACUAUCACUAUUUUAAAUUAAAACAAUCAUAAUAAUAAUAAUAAUCAUAAUAAUAAUAACAAUAAUGACGAUGGUGGUGGUGAGAAAAUUAAACGAAAUUGAUACCUAAUGAGUAGAUCAAUUGAAAUAAUAUAUCACGAUGAGCGCCUUCUUAAUUAAUAGAUAUUUAUUGAAUAAAAAAUAAUAAUAAUAAUGAUAAUAAUAAUUAAAAUUUACAUGUAAUUAAAUGUUCAAAAUUAAAAAUUACAAGCAAAAGUACAUAGAUACAAAGAAUAAAACUGUGAAUUACACGUUUAUUAAAGCAAUACUUUUAUCGAUUGCAUUGAUUAUUUAUGAAUUUUCAUUAUUUUUUCUUAAAACU